AUGAAGAAAACGGACGAAGCGGAAAAUAACCCCAAGAAGGGGAAAAGGAAUGAGGAAGAGGAAGAAGAAGAGGGUAGUGCCAUGAUAAAUUAUGACCAACAUCAGGAGAACUUUAACAUGCGCCCAUUUAGUAGCCACCAAAGCGAAGGCGGAAGUGAAUCUACGCGGAACGACAUACAGGUAGAGGUACCCCUGGGGGAAUCGCGCCUUCACAGGUACUGCUCCGUGGAAGGAAUGGACGAAUCAAAUACACAUAGUUGUAACUCCAAUUAUAAGGAAGCGCAGGGGGGAACAGUAGAAGUACUCCCAAACGAACCCCUUCACGUGGUGGACAUGAACUGCGACGAUGUGCACUCGAUUGUAAAUUAUUUGAUCUCCGUGGAGAGGGAAGAAUUUAAAGAGAAGUGCCCCGCCCAGAGUGGCAGCGAUGAUGACAAGUACGAUGACACCCGUGAUGACACCUGUGAUGACAGUUACGAUGAGGCCCAUGAUAGUGCCGAGGACGACGGUGGAAGGACUCAUUCCUCCACGGACACGCCAGCUGUCUCUGACCCCCCCAACGUGUCGCCCCAAAGGAGCCUAACGGAUCACAUGGAUAAGUACGACAUAAAGUACAGGCACAUAUUCAACUCCAUGGUAGACUACAUUUUUUCGCAUCCGAGUGUUAACUUUUUGGAGUUGAUGAAUAAGAGGGAAGGGGAUGAGGGGGGUAACAGUACUUGGGGUAGGAGAAGAUGGGGAAGUAGUUUAUUGGGUAUGAGAAGACCGAUCAAAUGGUACAACAACUGGACGUAUGUUGGUCCCUCCAACCGCUAUGACUCCGUCGUUAAACAUAUGAAAUGGACAAGACACACCCCUAUUAGUGACGAGGAAUCCUCAAAAGGGUGUGAACUAAGUUUGCAGAAAGGUCAGUCAAGUGGGGAGCAUCUCCCAAGUGACAUUACUGGAAGGCAUUUCAAAAGAGAAAGCGUCGACAGUGAAGCGACCUCCCAUUGUGUGAACGCCUGGUGGAGGUACAACCUACAACAGAAUGACCACCCGAAGGUCAGGGAUCAAACGGAGAAGGCAAAAUCGGGGGAAAGAGAGAACAGCCAAAUGGACAACACACAUAAAGUAGACACUAUAAGGGCAAGGAUAGAGACACUUCAUAAAGGAAUAUUUUCCAGCCUUAAUAAGCUAAGGAAUAAUCACAACGGAUGUACCUCGGGGGAGGACCCUCAAGAAGAAAACAGGAAAGGUGAAGAUAUCCCAACGGUGGCAAAUAGAUCACGUAGAAAUUCUAUUUUUACCGACUUCAACAUCGUGGGUCGUCUUCCCCUGUGCAAUUCCCCCACUGAUUGGAAAAGUGGAGAAGUCUAUGUGCAUGCUCCAUGCGAAAGGAAGAAAAGCAUAAUAAGAAGCGUGAAUAGAAUUAUGCGCGCCCUUUUACCUGAAGGAAGGAAGACUAUCUUGUCAUGUGUGAAUACCGAUGAGGAUAUAUAUGUUUGGUGCCACGUCCGUUUCGCUGACUUCACGCAGGUGGGUCCGUCCUAUCUGGAACUUCCCCCAAGUGGACAAACCUCCAACUAUUAUUCUUCCCUUUUGCACACUGGAAAAAAAAAUAGCAGGUGCAAAAUGGACCAAGACGAUAAGAUUGAGCAAAUGGAGAAAGUACAAUUUUACUUCCAAAUCAGGGAGUUCACAAGACAGCAGUAUAAAAUGAACAUGCUUGGGGAGUACCUCCAGGUGAAGGAGCUUACUGAGUCGAUUCGGCAUUUGGGAGGAGAUUCCCCCGGAGAGGGCAGCUACAACAACGCCCACUUCACUCGUAGAGAGGUACAUAUAAAGCGGUUCGAACUGUUGUACCAAUAUUAUCUACAAUUUUUAAGGAGGUUCUACUUGGAGGGUGACACUUCCACGGAGGAAGCAACGUUGAUCCGGUUGAAGUGCAACAUGUACGGUUUGGACAGAUGCUCCAGCGAUUGUGUGGAUCAGCAACAAGGGGGGGACCCUUCCCCGUUGGGGGUGUCACAAGUGGAGACCACAGAGGUAACGUCUUCACGGGAGGAGUCGUCACAUAUGAUACCUUCACCACAUGAUCGCCCUGUUGAUCUUGUUGAUCUUUCGAGGAAGGUGGGAAGUAGCCUCCCUGGGUGCCCUAGCUCCCACUCCAGCGAUACCGCUCAUCAGGACAAUCCGAAGGUUGGUCCGCACCCCAGAGCCAGUGCCAACGAAAUUUCAGAAACGCGCAAGAUGAGGAUCCUUCACAGAUGCGCAAAAAGGAUAAGACGUUUUUUACGAAGAACCAAAAUGGACGAGCCGGAAAAGCUUCCCCUUAGGAAGAUGAGGAAAAUUGUAAAAUCCCUGUGUGCAGUGUGCGCCGUUAGGUACAGGUCGUUCCUCUCGCAUGAGCUGUUCAGUUUUGUUUUUAAAUCGGCUUGGCGCAGGAAGCGUGUGAAGAGGGAAACGCAGCUCGAUCGAACAGAACGGGAGGAGCUUCCCCACCAAGCGAACCUUCCACUUCCAACUACGCAAAGGAGACCAGUAAAAAUAAUCCUGAAGAGGAACAUAAAAUCCUGCAGAGAUCCCCAAUUGGAGAAGCACUUCAAACUGGAUGAUAGCCCUGAGAGGAGUGGCAGAAAUGGGGGGGUGGUUAAACACAGCGUGGAGGAGGUAGCUAGGGAGGACCCCCCAAAUGGAUCCGUCAUGGAUCAUCCUGUUGAUUCUACCACCGCGCCUCCAAGUGAGGUUUCUCCCCAUCGCAACGUCCUCAUCGAAGAGGCGAAAAAACCAAACGUGAUAAAAAAAAAAUUAAUCGAAGUGGGAACAAAAAAGACAAGGGAAAAAUGCACAAAGGACGUAAAGGGAUCCGACAAGGGGAAGAAGAAAAGGACCCGCUCAGGUAAAACACAAAACGAUGAAGAUGUAGCGAAGAAAAGGAAAAGGGGUAAAUCCCCCCACGGUAAAUACUUACCGACGGAUGGUGUUAAAACUGAGCAAGGCGAUCAACGAAGAAAAGAAAUAAAGACCAGCGCCUACCGUAGUAAGUAUUCCCGGAGACACACUUCCCCCAGUGAUGAGCAACCAAAGCGCAGCAGGUUGGGUUGCAAAACACAUAGAAAGGAAGCCCAACAAAGGGGCAUUUAUUAUGUUUACUUGAAGGGAAAUUUGGGGGUCUAUUUGAGUCCCCAAAUGGAGGUGAUUUAUGAGAGGCGCAAUUUAUUUUUUAAAGGGGACGAUAGGAAGGGGAAUCCCUUGGAUAUGCACUUCGACGAGGUUUUUUCUCAUGCCUUCUUCAGCAAAAUUUUGCCGACAUGUGUAGACAAGAUCUGCGUUAGGAAGGUCUCCACUGGGUCCCCCCAAAGAGGGGGUGACAGCGAUGGAAGGGGGAGAAGCGGUAGUAUCCAUAGCCGUAACAGUAGUAAAAGUAGUAAUAGUAGCUAUAACCGUGGCAGUGAUGACCGUUGCAGUGGUGACCGUUGCAGUGGCCAGGGAAGACGACGCAAAAACUUCAGGGAUCACGCCACCAUAUGGAAAGGCACCACCAGUAGUAUCCACAAGCUGAAGAGGGACCAAGUUGUGGCUCUCUUUCAAAUUUUGUACCAACAUUUUUAUAAAUGCUUUUCCAGGCUGAACGUGCGUUCCUUGCUGGGGACGUAUUGCAGUGGCUGUUCUGUGAAUGACAAGGGGGGGGAUGAAAGUCGUGAAGUGGACAAAAUGGACGAAGCGGGUGAACCGCCCAAAGCGCAGAACGAAUAUUACUACCACACCUUUUUAAGCAGAUUCCCCCCCUUGAGGGGGAAAAAAACAGUAGCGUACCCGCCCCAAGACUUCUUCAAAUGUUUUAACAGAAAGUUCAUCCGAAGAGUCAUUUAUCAUGUGAAUAAAACACUGGGAGAUUUUUCAUUUAUGCAAAAAUUGUUCGACGAAUAUGAACAUGUGGAACGGGUGUGUGCAGGCAAAAUGGCGAAAGUGUUUUUGGAUUGUAGUGAUUAUGAGGUGACCUUUCAUGAGGAGGAUAGAUAUUAUAACGUCAUUAAGGACCACUUCAUGAAAGUCAUUAUCCCAUUUUGCGAGGAAAACAGCGCUUAG